AUGUUGAGUAGAAGUUUGUGGAGAGCCCGGGGAUUCCACUCCUCGGUACAGGUUGCAGCCAAGCUCGGCUCCUCGCGUUUCCGAAAGACCGAGCCAGCAGUCCCGGCUCCUGUCAAGGAAGCUCCCUCUGUGGAUCAGGCGAAGGCUCUGUCGCGAAACCAGCCUCGAAGUCAGGGCCAGAACCAGGGCCAGAAUUCGAACCAGAAUCAACCCAGAGGUCAGAACCAGCGAGGUGGUCAGAACCGAAACAAUAACAACGGCAACAAGAACAAUCAAGGUACCAACCAAGGUCAGAACCAGGGCCAGAACCAGAACCGGAACCAGAAUAGAAACAACAACAACAACAACAACAAUAACAACCGACAACAAAGAUCUCAGAAGCCGACUAUCAAUCUUGCCCAAGCUGAGACGCCGUCGCUGAUGAAAAUUAUGAGAAAGCAGGAGGAGGCCCGUGCAAAGAAGUCAUUCAAUACCCCCAAUAUGUCUGGUCCUGGAGAGAAGAAGGGAGGAGAGGGAGGAAAGAAGUCACAUGAAGCUGGAAAGAAGGGGGAAGAGAAGCCCAAGAACGUGUUCCUGAGACACGAAGACUUUGUUGUCGCUACACCAAAGACAGUUCCUCCUCCUCCAGUCAAGGAGAAGAAGGUGAAGGAAAUUGAGAUUGUGCGUCCACGAUUGGCUAUUCCUUCCUUCGUUUCCAUCUCCAACUUGGCCACUAUUCUGCAGGUUUCCCUUGAGACUCUCUCCAGCACAAUGGUGGAGCUUGGAUUCGACCAGGAAACCACUGACCAUAACCAUGUGUUAGACGGUGAAACUGCCCAGCUGAUUGCUGACGAUUUGGGCUUCGAUGUGUACACCAAUGAGACUCAGGGAGUCGAUUUGUUCCUUGCCCCCAAGCCCUCUGCUGACGAAAAGUCGAAGUUGCCUCUGAGACCUCCGAUUGUGACGAUCAUGGGCCAUGUUGACCAUGGUAAGACCACUUUGCUCGAUUACAUUCGAAAGUCGUCCGUGGCCGAGAAGGAACAUGGAGGUAUCACGCAGCAUAUUGGCGCCUUCUCUGUUAAGGCUCCCAAGUCCGGCAAGCAAAUCACCUUUCUUGAUACCCCUGGUCACGCUGCUUUCCUGAAAAUGCGAGAACGAGGAGCUACCGUUACCGAUAUUGUUAUUCUGGUCGUUGCAGGAGACGAUUCUGUCAUGCCUCAGACCAAGGAGGCUAUCAAACACGUUCAUGCCGCGGGUGUCGAACUUGUGGUUGCCAUCAAUAAGUGCGACAAGGAGUCUGUUACCGAAGAGACCAUCCAGAAGGUCUAUUCUGAUCUCGGAGCCAAUGAGGUGUAUGUCGAGGACUAUGGAGGAGACAUUGCAUGUGUCCAGGUUAGUGGAAAGUCUGGUCUUGGAGUUGACACUCUGGAGGAAACUCUGGUUGCUAUUUCCGAGGUUCUGGAUCUGCGAUCUUCGCCCACCGCCAAGGUCGAGGGCAUUGUUCUCGAGUCCCAGGUCAAGAAGGGUGUUGGAGCCACUGCAACUGUUCUUGUCCACAACGGUACUCUCAAGCCCGGCCAGGUCAUCUGUGCAGGCACCGUCUUUUGCAAGGUCAAGGCCAUGAAGGACUCCUCCAACAAGGUUAUCAAGGAGGCCGGUCCUGGUACUCCAGUGGAGGUAACAGGUUGGAAGGAACUUCCUGCCUCUGGAGACCAGGUUUUGCAGGCCGAGAGUGAGCAGCAGGCCAAGCAGGUGGCCGAGAAUCGACAGAAGCGAGCUCAGCUCAUGCAGCAGAUGGACGAUAUCAAGAUCAUCAACGAGAAGCGAAAGCAGCAGAAGAUUGACCAGGAGGCCGAGGAGAAGCGUCUGGAGCGAGCCAAGCUCGGUCUUCCUCCUAUUGAGGAGGAUGAGCCCGAGGCCAAGUGCCAGCUGGCUCACUUUAUCGUUCGAGGAGACGUCCAUGGAUCAGUUGAGGCUGUUUCCGAGUCCAUUGCCGAUAUCGGUAACGACGAGGUCCACGUCAAUAUCCUGUCUCGAUCUGUGGGCCCUCCUACUGCCAACGAUGUUGAAAUUGCCAGGACUGCGAACGCUUCUCUGUUGUUGUUCAACGUCAAGCCCACCAGGGACGUGAUUCUCAAGGCUCGUCAGGCAGGCGUGCCAAUCAUCGAGCAGACCAUCAUUUACCGUGUAAUUGAGCACGUAACCGAACAUGUGACCUCACUGCUCCCCAAGAUCAUCCGAGACAAGGAGAUUGCUUCUGCUCAGGUGAAGGAUAUCUUUGAGAUUUCCAUCGCCAAGAAGAAGGUCAAGAUUGCCGGUUGCAGAGUCACCAUGGGUCCUCUACGACGAUCUCACACCGUCAAGGUGAUGCGAGAUGGAGAGGAGGUGUUUCGAGGCACCGUUUCGUCUCUGAAGCACAACAAGGAUGACGUUACUGAGAUGGCCAAGGGCCAGGAGUGUGGUAUUGCUCUUGAAAAGUGGGACGAACUUGAAUCUGGCGACAUUAUCAUUGCCGUCGAGGACGAGGAGGUGCCAAGAUACCUCUAG